AUGGCGAGCGAGGGUCAAGGCGCGGCGGCCAGCAGGCAGAUCCAGGUGCUGCUGACGCUGCAUGACGGCGAGCGCUCGUUCGGCAUGUCGCUGGCGCAGAAGAGCCCGCCGCUCGGGCCCAAGUACACGGUCGUCUCCAGCGUCUUCGCCAACUCGCCCGCCGACCGCGCAGGCGUCCGCAAAGGAUACGUGGUGCGCUUCAUCAACGACAGACCCAUGAACGGGCUGACGGUCGCGCAGGUCGCCAACAACUUUCGCAAUGCAGCGCAGGCCAAGAUCACGCUCGAGAUUCUUGAGAACACGCCGUCGCCGCGGACGUCGGCGUUUACGGCUGCAGCAACGUUUGGAGGAGUGAAAGCUGCGAUCCCUAUUGCUUCAUGUGCUGAAAGUGGGCAGCGACCAGUGGCACCGGUGACUGGAUUUUCUGCAGCUUCGUCGGGGCGAGCGAUCGCAGCCCCGGGGACUGCACUUGCAGUUCCGAGGGUCGCAUCGCCCAAGCAGCCAGUGUUGAGGCUGGGUGCGGAGCCUGCGGCGAAGACAUUGGCGGCAUCGCAGCCACAACCUGCUUCUCCUCCUGCCGACGCGAAAAUAGUCAAUGGUGCAGCCCAUACAGGUUUGAAGAGCAAAGCGGUUGCUCCGGUACUUCGGCUGGGACUAAAACCAAAGUCGGUGCCUGAAGAAGCUGCUCCGAAGAAGGUUCCAGCGGUAACCAAGGUCGCCGAGCCCAAAGCGGCUGCAAAGACUACAACUGCGCAGCCUGCAUCAGCGGUGUCAACACCUACUGCCACCAAAUCGAAAACGGGUAAGAAGCGCGGCAGGCCCCGAAAGAACGCAGCAGCGACAAAUGGGACGACAAGCCACAAAGGAAAGGGGAAGGCAAAGGCAAAGAAGGCGACGAGGCAGCAGGAGGACGAUGAGGCGGACGAGCUUCUGGAAGACGAAGAAGAAGAGCUGGGUAUGUAUGCGCUUUCCUCCGACUCCGACACGGGGGAAUCGCCAUCUAAGAAGACUGCGCGUCGUGCAGGAAACGGUCGUCGUCGUGGGGUCACUAACCGCACUCGGCAUAGCCUUACCGUUGACCGGCUCGUUGGGAUGGGAUUCACACAAGAAGAUGCGGAAGCUAGUGUGAGAGAAAUUGGGGACGACCCAGACGCAUGCAUGAUUUGGAUCAUAUCGAAGAUUGAGGAGCGGCAGUUCACGAGGGACCUGAACGAAGCCUCCAUCCAGUCCGAGCAAGCAAAGCGCGACGAAGAAAAGCGAGCCAAGAAGCUUAAGAUGGAAACUCUUGUUCAUGCCGAGAAGUUUAUGUCGCUAUUCCCUUCGGUGAGUCGUAUAUGCUGGAGCUUGCCGGGCGGUUGGAUGUUGCGUUGGGGACCCACGAUGUAA